GAACCUGCACACGCUCCUCCCAUUAUGUGAUGCGGAGGGAGAGAGAGAGAGAGAGAGAAAGAAAAAGAGAGAGAGAGAGAGAGAGAAAAACUUUCACGCGUGGAUCAGGAGAACUCGGCGUUUGGUGGAGGUAUGGAAGGGGGAAGAUGACCUCGGACUAGAACUGAUUCAGAUAGUUGCUGUGUUUUUUUCCCCCUGCUGCACAUGGAGAAGAUACACCUUGUUUACAUCCUGGUCUAAGUCACUGCCUGGUGCUGCAGAGGAGCCACUCUUCCACGUUGACCUGUCGAUCCACAUAAAUUCCCAUCCUAUGAAUUUCGACCAGGUCCUCGCUGCCAUCGGCGGCUUUGGCAAAUAUCAGAAGAUCUUGUACAUCUGGAUUUGUUUGCCUCAGAUCCUUCUCGCCUUCCACAUGAUGGUGAGCAUCUUCACCGGGGCCACGCCGCCCUACCGCUGCCGGGAAAGCUCCAGCUCAGAAGCGGGGAAUCAGACUUCGCUCCCCGCAGAGAACGCCAGCCUCUCGGAGUCCUCCUGCUUCUCCUCGGAGGUGAUGCUGCGGCCGCAGGGCAAUCGGACCGAGCGCGUCCCGUGCGGCCGCGGCUGGGUCUACAGCACGGAGGUUUUCCACAGCACCACUGUCACCGAGUGGGACCUGGUGUGCAGCAAAGCUGGACUGAACAGCCUCGGAUCGUCCAUCUACAUGUUCGGCCUGUUGGUGGGAUCUGUGCUGUUUGGAGCCAUGGCUGACAGGUACGGUCGACGUUUGGUCCUGCUGUUGUCCAUCGCGCUGCAGACUGUGUUUGGAGUCGCUGUAGCUUUUGCGCCCAACUUCCCAGUCUACGUGAUUCUUCGCUUCGCAGUUGGGACCACCAUAUCUGGAGUCAUUAUCAACGCUUUUGUUCUUGGUACUGAGUGGACGUGUACCAAGAGACGCAUGCUGGCGGGCAUCAUCACGGACUACACCUUCGGCCUGGGAUACAUGCUGCUUGCAGGGGUGGCCUACCUGAUACGAGACUGGAGAAAACUGCAGCUCGCUAUAUCAGCCCCAGGCUUCCUGCUUAUCUUCUACAUACGGGUUCUGCCCCAGUCUGCCCGGUGGCUACUGGCCAACGACAGGAGAGAGGAAGCCAUCGCACUCCUCCGCAAAGCUGCGCUAGUUAACGGCCGGGUCUUACCUCCUGCUGUCCAGGCUGAAAGGUGGGAGUUUUUAGGCGGCUCAAAGCGAAGUCACUCAGCUAUGGAUCUAAUCCGGACACCACAGAUGAGAAAGAGAACCAUCAUUUUGUUCUACAUCUGGUUUGUGAACGUGCUAGUGUACUAUGGGCUGUCUCUGGGUGUGUCUCGGUUGGGGACGGACCUCUACCUGACCCAGUUUGUGUUUGGGUUGGUUGAGAUCCCAGCUCGCUCUCUGGUCCUGGUCGUCCUGCCCUUCAGCCGACGCCUCUCCCAGAGUGGCUUCAUGGCAAUUGGGGGUCUUGCCUGCUUGUUGAUGCUUGCCGUUCCUGCAGAUCAUCCCAAUGUCCUGACUGGGCUUGCCAUGGUUGGGAAGUUUGGUAUUACGGCCUCAUUUGCUAUCAUCUAUGUGUACACUGCUGAGAUUUUCCCUACUGUGGUAAGGCAAACAGGAAUAGGCGUGUCCAGCAUGUUUGCGAGGAUGGGGGGCGUAUUGGCGCCCAUUAUAAACAUGCUGCACAACCACAACCCCGUCACGCCGCUUAUCAUCUUUGGCACUUCCCCGCUUCUGGGAGCCAUUCUCGCCUUGGCGCUGCCUGAAACUGCUGACCGACCUCUGCCAGACACGCUGGAGGAUGUAGAGAACUGGGACAUCAGGAUGGGUCCCAUUUUGGAAAACCUUGAGCCGUACGAAGACUUCGAUCCACCAGAGAGCAGCUGCAACAUCUAGCGAGCCAGAACUCGAGUGUGUAACAGAGAUGAGCCGAUUCUGUCAACCAAAUGUUUCACUGCCUCAAAGCUCCGAUGUCUAACACACUCAAUCAUCUUUUAUGCAACUGCAAGUCAUGAUGUGAUUAUGAGCUCCAUCCAAGAAAGCCAGACAUGCACCCCACACCAAAUCAGCACAAGGUGUUCACACACAAACACACACAAAGAAGGCAUUCAGCGCUCCUGGCAAGGCCAAUGAAAACCUCACUGUUUAAGCAGAUGCAGGUGAGAACCAACAGUCAGGAAUAGUUGCAGUUUACACUCCCGUAUAUCCGUCGUCCAGUUUGUACCUUUAACCCAGUUUCACAAAGCAAAUUCACUUAGAGCACCCUAGAUGUAAGGAAGAACAAACCUCCUACGGUUUGUCUGCAAACCUCAGGAGUUUGCAGACAUUUUUGCAAAUUUGUGAACCUUUAUAAAUGUCUACAUAAAACUGUCAUUCCAACACUAAUGCAGCUUACAGGCCUGAUAAACGCCACAGAGUCUCGUUGAAAAGCAGAAGUACCUUUCAGCUCUAGGGUUUUAUGUAAACGGACAUCGAGUUAAGUGGUUCAGCAAUUUGGACAACCUCAGAUGAACAACACAUUUAACAGUUGUCAUUAUUCAUUUAUAUGAUUUAGAUAUAUAUUAUCAUAGCAUUUCUGACUUUACGAAGAUUUAUUUUCUUCAAUGGAUCAAUUUACUUCAGUUUACCGAAGAUUGCAGACAUCCAUUUUGUCAACAUUGCCACGUUUGGUGCGUCGCUUUCGCUUCUCAUCAAGUUGCGUGACACAGUUUCAUUAAAUAUUUUCCUCUCUUAUGUUCAAAUUAAAUUGUUCCAGAAAGACUGUCCCUAAGAAGAUUUUAGUAUUUUGUAAUUACCUGAAUAAUUCAUCAAAAUACUGAAUUAACAAGUGAAAUAAACUAAUACACAGUGAUUUUUAGCAUACUGGUACAAAAUGGCAACGCUUGGGUAAAGAAAUAUAGGUGUUAGGGUUGAUAGCUAUGGAGGUUUUAAAUGUUUUCAUGCCUGAUCUCAGACAGGAAUUUCUUGGAGGAUCUGCAGCUACGUUAAAUUGUUCAGUCCACAGGUUGAUGGAUUGUUCAGAAAAGACUUCAUAAAGGACCCAAGUCAUUUUGCCAAUGACUUUUCACUCAGGAUGCACCGUCCGAUAUUAAUAUUGUUGUUCUGGCCGAUAAAUGAUAUUUACUGAUAUUAUAUAUAUUUCUCUACCCUUUUGAUAUUAUAAAAUGACCAUUAUGUUGACGUUGCUUGUCUGCUUCAGCUAAACUCCCCACAAUCCUUUGCUUCAUCACAUGACCAAACAUUACAUGCUGAUAACGGAACAUAAAUAGCAAUAAAACGCCAUAGCUUUACUUAUUGAAACAAUACGAUAAAAAAUGACCGUCAUCAGCCGAUACUUAUGUUAAUGCCGAUAUAUUGCAUAUCUCUACUUUUAACAUUGGAAUAUUCCAUACUCUUUCUCAUGCUUAGAGCAGUAUAUUCAAUACAAAGGUGCCGAGUCCUUUGAACCCGUUCAACUCGCUUUCAAAGGUCUGCUUCAGCUUUGCUACGCAUUGCUUCUGUCUGUCUUUACCGUCUUCCCAUCUUUUAGUUUGUUUAAAUCUGAUACAUUUAAACUUCACCGAACUGAAAUGACUGUAAAUCCUGGACAAGGUUCUUAAGCAUUUUUACAUUUCAUACAAAACACUUUUUCCAAAGUGUAUCAUGUCUCUUGAGUUGUAAUGUGAAGCAUGAUUGCUGUAUUUUAAUGCUGUUUUUCCAAGUAGCUGCAGCUGAGAUUAGUUUGCAUGCACUAGUUCCUUUUGUCAUGCGCCGUGUAGCCUUUGUAUGACUUUUAUAAACUUGGUUUUGUAUUGAAAUCAUGGGAUGUAACAGAUCAGCAUAAAUCAAGGUGCUUGACUUUAGUAUUUUUUGUAGACAUAUGCUGUUUUGGACGAGUGAAACGUAAUAUAUACUCUGUUGAGUUGUAUGAUCUAGUAGGUUUAAGGGCUGUAGUUGCAUUUAAAGAAGAAAUGGUGGAGAAAAAGUGUAGGCAUCAAGUUACUGCAGAUUUCUGCUGCAAAUGAAUGUUUUUAAAACAGUCAUUGUCUACAGCUAAAAAAAAACAACAAAAAGUUUAUAUAUGAUAUGAUAUUCUUCAUAUCAAGAUAUGAAGAAUAUCUUGAUAUUCUUCAUAUUUUCUUAAAACACGACCACAAAUUUUAUUGGGAUUUUUUGUGAUAAGUAGAUAAUUACUACUUUGUAAUUACUACACAAAGUAGAAGAUAAUUAAAGUGAAAGCGUGUUGGUUUGUUACAGGUGUCUGCAGCCCGCGGCUCUUCAGAAACUUCCACAAUAACUUUGGGUAAAAUGAUAAAGAACCACAUAACCCUUUUAAAUAUAAACAAUAGGGUGGAGAAAUAUCCCUUAAAAUAUUACAAUAUUUUGUGGUGUUUAUAGCAGUGAAAAUACAGUUUUUACAACUUCUUUUGGUAAUUUAUUUAGCCAACUAUUUUCUCUACAGACCGGUCCAUUAUGGCAUCAAUAAAUAUGAAAAUAUUAAUCAGUAAUGUGGUAAUGGUUUCAUAUAUUACCACAUAUAUUUCAUACAUACAUAUAUAUUAACACAUAUCUAUUUCAGAUGUAAUUAAUGGGAAUUUGUAGUUAUGAGAAAUCAAAAAAAUCUUUUAGGAAACAAGAAAUGGAUGUGUCUAAUAGCUAUAACACUUUAAGGUUUUAGCUAUUUUCAUCAUCUCAUGGAAUAACUACAUUGAAUUUCCGUAACAGAAUGACAUUUGAAAGUAUAUUUUUUGUAGAUUAAUAUUCCUUGUCGUAUAGAAAACUUUUUUUCCCCCCAAAAUAUUUUCCACAAAUAACAUCUGAAAGAGGAAAGUUAAUCCAUUUUGUUUUUGUUGAAGAUUUUUAGUUUUCUUCAUUUCAAAGCUUAAAAACUGAAGUUAAUUUGUGGUUAUAAGGUGGAUAUGUCUCAGACAUUAUAACUUAAAUUUUUUUCUAAAAUGUUGUGCAACAUUUGUGGCUCUAAACACGUUUUAUUUAGGUGAACUGCCGGUAAGAAUGGCUCUUUGGGCUGCAGAUCCCUGCUCUAUUUCAUGAAACCCAUUUUCAAUAUUUUCAAACCUGUGAUUUUACCAAAUGUUUGUGGAAAUACUUCUGCAGGCAUAGUGAUGGUGGAAAGCUUUGACAUUCGGCUGAAUGAAGUGAAGAAAGCAUGCCCUCGAGCCCAAGACGAAGCAGAGAUGGCACUGCAAGCAGAGAACUUUCAGCGUUUUUAUUGUCACGAUUUUGUCAAAUGUGUAACGAUCAAGUGGAAAUGUGUGAUGAAAUGUAUUUUGUAUAACUGAAAUGAAGGCGUAGUGCCUUGAUGCCUCCAGCAAUAAACAUGUUUGAAACAAAACAAAAAGAAA